AUGGAGGCCAUCGCCCGUCAGACCACCUGGCUCGACCUGUACCAUCACGAGGGCAAGUUUGUGACGCGCCAGUCGUUUGCGCAUGAGAAGGCAUGGGGCAGGCGGAUCAACGGCCACCGGGGCCAGUUGCAUAACAUCAUCUAUCGGCAUGCUGCGGGGGUAGUGGUAAACGGGGAACGGUUCUCGGCGGACGUUGUCGUUGCUGCUGAAGGGGUGCGGUCCCGCGGGAGGAAGAUUGUGCUUGGCUUUGACGAGAACCCCAAGUCGUCGGGCUAUGCUGUGUACAGGGCGUGGUUCCCGGCUGACCACAUCCGGGACAACCCCGUGAUCCAACACCUAGUAACACACGGGGAUUCGCAUCUGGGGUUUAUUGGCCCGGACAUCCACUUCUUAGCAUCGAGCAUCAAGAACGGGACCGAAGUAAACUGGGUGUUUACGCAUAUCGACGACGGGAACAUCGAGGAGAGCUGGCAGUUCCCGGGCAAGCCAGAAGAGGCGCUCAAGUACCUCGAAGGGUGGUGUCCUGUGGUGCACGAGCUGGUCAAGGCAACCCCCGACGGACGGCUCAUCGACCACAAACUGGUCUACCGCGACCCCCUCCCGACCUUUAUCUCACCCAGGGCCCGGAUCUGCUUGAUAGGCGAUGCGGCACACCCCUUCCUACCGACUUCUAUUCAGGGCGCGAGCCAGUCGAUCGAGGACGGAGUGGCCCUGGCGACGUGCUUAGAGCUGAGCGGGGAGAAGGAUAUUCCCACAGCGCUGCGGGCGUACGAGAAGCUGAGGUACGAGAGGGUACACCGCGCGCAGGCCAUGGGCCCGCAAACCCGGGAGCGGUGGCACAAGGCGGAUUGGAAUAAAGUGUGGAAAAACCCCGAGAUGAUCCACUUAGUGCGGGAGCAGUGGCUGCUCAACUUCGAUACAGAAAAGGAUGCGUAUGAUCGGUACGAGCAGGUCGUGGCCGAGUUGGAGCGGGCAAAGCCGCGGCUGUAA